AUGGACCAUCGUGCCCAAUUGCGCGAGGCAUUCGUUCGUGGUCAACUGGAGGCCGUCCAAAAAGCGAUCACAAAGAAUGAGGUGCCACUGAAGCCGAAACACGCGAGAACCAUCAUUGUCGGCACGCACAAAGAGAAAUCAUCGGGAAUAUUCUGGCAUACUGUAGGGAGGAUUCAGUUGGAGAAACAUCCCGUUUUGACAUGGAAAUUCUGUCAUUUAGUGCACAAAAUGUUGAGAGAUGGGUACAGGAAAGUGCCUGAGGAGACUUAUCGUUUCGUGGGCCGUUUCACUCAACUCUCUCAAUUCUGGAAACAUUUGAACACAAGUGGCUACGGACCGUGCAUUGAAUCCUACUGUAAACUACUCCAUGAUCGUGUUCAAUUCCAUAACAAAUAUCCGGUCGUUCCGGGAAAAUUAGACCUGAAUGAUUCACAAUUGAAGACGUUGGAAGGAGAUCUGGAUAAUAUGUUCGAGAUGACUAUCGAUAUGUUGGAUCAGAUGGAUGCGUUGUUGAUGUUGCAGGAUAGAGUAUACGAAAUGAUGAAUUCACUACGCUGGAACUCUCUAAUCCCACAAGGACAAUGUAUGCUCUCCCCACUGAUUAUCGUGAUUCUGGACACGAGUAAAUUCUAUGAUUAUCUCGUCAAAAUGAUCUUCAAACUACACAGUCAAGUGCCUCCAGAUGCUCUCGAAGGACAUCGAGCGAGAUUCCGAACGAUUUUUGAGAGAACUAAAAAGUUCUAUGAGGAAUCGUCGAAUUUGCAAUAUUUCAAGUAUUUGGUGUCGAUUCCCACGUUGCCAUCGCACGCUCCAAACUUCUUGCAACAAUCGGAUCUCGAAUCGUACCGUACUCCACACGCAUAUCUCCACUCGGAGGGAUCAGAAGACGGAACAUCACUCAACGGACACGACGGAGAGCUGUUGAAUCUGGCAGAAGAGGAGCCACAACAGGCGAGUCCGUCGAGCCAGCCGGAUCCACGUGAAGAGCAAAUUGUCAUGUUGAGUCGAGCUGUCGAGGAUGAGAAAUUCGCGAGGGAGAGAUUGAUUCAGGAGGCUCGCAGUCGUAUCGAACAAUACGAGAAUCGUCUCCUACAAAUGCAGGGAGAAUUCGAUCACGCGAGACGAGAGGCCGAUGAGAACCGAGAGGAGGCACAGAGACUUAAGGACGAGCUGGCGCUCCGCGACGCGUCGAGAACUCAAAGUGACGAUGCUCGAGUGAAAGAAGCCGAGCUGAAGGCCACCGCCGCCGAGGAACGUUUCAAUAAAAUGAAGGGAGUCUACGAGAAAUUCCGAAGUGAACACGUGAUGGCACUGACGAAAUUAGGAGAUUUACAAAAGAAAUUGGAUGCCAGCGAGAAGACGGCAUUCGACAAAGACGAGGAGAUCACCGCAUUGAAUCGGAAAGUCGAAGAAGCUCAGAGAGAGACGGGACGAGCGAUUUCGAAGGCUGAAGGAGACGCUGGAGCGGUGGAUGAAAUGAGAACUCAGUUGGCGAAGGCUGAUAUCGAGGUGGAGGAGUUGAAAAGGACAAUCGACCAUCUCCGAGAGUCCCACGCCAACCAAUUGGUGCAAUCAUCUGCAGACGAGGCGAAUAAGAUUCUUCUCGCCGAACAAGAAGUUGCUAGAGAAUCCGGUGUCGGCAUCACGAAAAUGUUCGAACACUGCGAAGAGGAGUUGCAGAACGCCACGUCGAUCACGUAUCCGCCACAUCUCGCCCAAUCGGCAAUGAGCAAUCUGGUCACUGUCCUCUCGAAUGAACGACUCGACGAACCACUCGCCGCGAGAGACAACGUAUUCGCUGGCCACCUCCUGUCCACUACUCUCUCAUCAGCCGCAUCAGCCGCCUACACUGCCAGUAUCGAGAGUUACGAAGGUGUAAAUGAUCAGUGUAAGAAGGUGUUGGCGGCUGCGAAAGUCGCAUUCUCGGAUGAUAGUUCACUGUCAAGAGCGGAUAAAAUGAAGGUGUUACGAGAGGAUUUAAAGGAAUUGAAUCAUCUGAUUGUAUCACUUCCACUGGCAACAGAUAUCGAUAAAGAAGUGGUUGGAAGCGAGUUGGAACAAGAAAUGAGACGAAUGGAUGAAGCGAUUCGACGGGCGGUGCAGGAGAUCGAGGCGAUUCAGAGAAGAGCUCGUGAGAGUUCAGAUGGAAUCCGUCUUGAAGUAAACGAGUCGAUUCUCGCCAACUGUCAAGCUCUAAUGUCUGUAAUUAUGCAAUUAGUCGCUGCCUCCCGAGAACUUCAAAUGGAAAUUGUGGCUGCUGGAAAGCAGGGAGGAUCGCCCGCCGAGUUCUACAAACGGAAUCAUCAAUGGACUGAAGGAUUACUGUCGGCUGCUAAGGCAGUGGGCGUGGCCGCCCGUGUUCUUGUCGAGUCGGCGGAUGGCGUGGUGACGGGAAAGGGGAAAUUCGAGCAUCUGAUUGUGGCGGCACAGGAGAUCGCCGCCUCCACUGCACAGUUGUUUGUGUCGAGUCGAGUUAAGGCGGAUAAGGAUUCAAAGAAACUCGAAGCACUGUCGAUCGCCUCGAAAGCGGUCAAUCAGAAUACGGCUCAAGUCGUCGCCGCCGUCAAAACAGGACAGACGACACUCAACGACGGCGACUCGUUGGAUUUCUCAUAUUUAUCACUUCACGCGGCGAAGAAAGAGGAAAUGGAAUCACAAGUGAGAAUGUUGGAACUGGAACAGAGUCUCAAUCAGGAGAGAGCAAAGUUGGCGGCUCUUCGAAAGCAGCAUUAUCAUAUGGCUCAGUUGGUGGCCAACAAGGAAGACGAAACCGAGGAAUGA